UUUGCUGGUGGAGUUGUCAACUCAGCUCUUUUUAAUGUUGAUGGUGGUAUGAGAGCAGUUAUCUUUGAUAGAUUUGUUGGAAUUAAAAAAAGUGUAGUUGGUGAAGGUACUCACUUCUUCAUUCCAUGGAUUCAAAAGCCAAUUAUGUUUGAUAUUCGUUCAAGACCAAGAAAUGUACCAGUUGUAACUGGUAGUAAAGAUCUUCAAAAUGUUAAUAUAACACUUCGUAUAUUAUUCAGACCAAUUGCUGAUAGUUUACCUGAAAUUUAUACAACUUUGGGUGUUGAUUAUGAUGAAAGAGUACUUCCAUCAAUUACAACUGAAGUAUUAAAAGCAGUUGUUGCACAAUUUGAUGCUGCUGAAUUAAUAACACAACGUGAACUUGUAUCACAAAAAGUUAGUGAAGAUUUAACUAAACGUGCUGCUAAAUUUGGUGUUAUACUUGAUGAUAUAUCAAUUACUCAUUUGACAUUUGGUAAAGAAUUUACACAAGCUGUUGAAUUAAAACAAGUUGCACAACAAGAUGCUGAAAAAGCACGUUUUCUUGUUGAAAGAGCUGAACAACAGAAAAAAGCAUCAAUUAUUAGUGCUGAGGGUGAUGCACAAGCUGCAAGUUUAAUUGCAAAAUCACUUGGUGAAGCUGGUGAUGGUCUUGUUGAACUUCGUAGAAUUGAAGCAGCUGAAGAUAUUGCAUAUCAACUAUCACGUUCACGACAAGUUGCUUAUUUGCCAACAGGACAAGGUGUUCUUCUCAAUCUUCAGCAGUAAAAAAACAACGAGGUGUUAGAAAAUAAAACUAUUAUAACAAAUACAUAAGACAUUUUCAUUACUUAUACUUUUUUUUUUUCUUUCUUUUUUAUUUUCAAUUCAAUGUUUAAAAUUUUUUUUUCUAUCUAAGAGCUAAAAGAAAACAAUAAAGUUAUUAAAUCAGAAUAUUUAUCUGGUAUUUUUAUUUUAAUAAUUACAGUAAACCAAUCAGUGAGGUUUUUCAGACAAUUAAAUACAAUAAAAAUAUCUUUAAGUAAUUAUUUAACAGCAG